GCUUGGCUUCUCCUUCCGCCUGCAUCAUCGCUUCUCUCUCCGUACUCUGCUGCUGCUGCUGCUGCUGCAUCCUCAUCAUCUUCUUUUUCUUGUCAUCGACCUCUUUUCCCGUCGAUAGGAAAUCUGCGAAAAUCGAGUCACAGGAGGAAGUUCUUCCUUCCGGCAGCACCAGCUGUGCUGGAUGAGUCCCCUGUGUUCGACCCGUCGCCCGGUUCCAAGAGUCUCACGAUGUCAUCGCUCCCUUGAAGCUGAAAUUGCUCGAACUUCUAAAAUAAAAAUAACAUUCAUAAAAGCACUCGCAUCACUCAAGGAGACAGGGGAGCUGUGGGUGUUUGUCAUCUCAUGAAGCCAGCCAGCUAAUUUCACCUGAAAGUCAAUGUAAAUUGUUGUUAUACAGCAUACACUAUGCUGUUGUGAUAUUGAGGUAUGCAAUAGCAAAAAACAUUUGAGGUAUACAGUAGCUGUCCAAGCUGACUUUGAGGUGCAAAUUAAAACCUUGUUGCUGCUUCCUUAGUCCUAGAGGAAAAAAUGAACUUGCUUUGUAUCUGCAAGCACACUUUCUAGUCAGAGUGGUUGUGCAACGCCAUCCAAUUGUUGAUAUAAAGAAAAUGCAAACCUCAAGAUCUUAUUUUUAUCACAGAAGACUCAGAACAGAGAUAAUUGAAGCCUUGGAAAAGAUUAAGAAGAGUUUGACUUUCCAAAAACUAGGUUGGAAAUUGAAGCUCGUAUAUCAUUUGAAGGUGGGGCUCAAUCUCUUAAGAAAGAUCUUGACUUUCUCUAUAGAUUGACUACUACUCUUAUAUACUAGAUUGGUACAGAAAAGUACGAGCACCAAAGCCCAUGGAGAAUGAACCAAACAACAAGAGGCUACUACUCUUACCUUCUUUUAUUAAUUUUUCUCUUAUUUAGGUGAGAACAUGUAAAUGGCAAUAUUUUAGGUGACAAUCUCAAAAGAUGACACUGUAAUUCUUGAUGGAGCUGGUGACAAAAAGGCUAUUGAAGAGAGAUGUGAGCAGAUAUGAUCUGCAAUUGAAGUAAGCACAUCCGACUACAACAAAGAGAAGCUGCAAGAGGUGUUGUCAAAACUUUCUGGUGGUGUUGAUGUGCUCGAGGAAUAGUGAUCACACUGGUUUGUGUUGUGAAGGCCCCUGGUUUUGGGGUGAACAGGAAGGCUAGUUUGCAAGAUCUUGCUACUCUCACUGGUGGAUCUGUUAUAACAGGAGAACUUGGUAUGAACAUUGGGAAAGUUGAGUUCAACAAGCUUGGCACAUGCAAAAAGGUCAGAUUGUGUUCUUAUACCCUCUAUAGCCCUUUGUUACUAGUGUCUGUCAAUCCUUGCUCUCAUUUCUUUAUACCUGUUUCCAGAUCUAGAAGAAGGAUUCGAGCUCAUAAUUAAUUGAGGUGUCUAAGGGGUCUCAUUUUCUUGUAGUUUCCAAUCUGUGUUGGCUGCUUUACAAUUUUAUCUCGAUAUUCUGGUUCUGUUAUUUAGUUAAAAACCUCCAUUUACAUAAUUUGCAUUAAUUUUUUUACUGCAAUCAGUAUCAAUUGAUUUGAUUUAAGAUUAUCAUAUUAGAGAAACUAUUAUGCUCUUUACUUAGUUUUGCACCAACAUUGAUCUUGUAAGUGAUAAUAUUUUAGGUGUCAAUCUUAAAAGAUGCCACUGUAAUUCUUGAUGGAGCCUGUGACAAAAAGGCUACUGAAGAGAGAUGUGAGCAGAUUGGAAUUAGACUUGGCUGGAGUAGAAACUAUGUCGUGCUUCGAUGCUUCGGGGUGUGGAAGAUGUUGCUGAUGCAGUGAAAGUGACCAUUGGCCUGAAGUGUGCAGGUAGCUCCAAGUACACAUUUUUCAACAUAUUCAGUGACAUCGCGCCGGUUCCCUAUUCCUUGCUGUUCGAGGCUAAGCUGGACUCCAGAGCAAAACCAUCCAACAGUUGCUUAUCUUCCGAGCUUCUGGAUGAUCGCUUCGUCCUUCACUGCCAUCACUGGACUGCCUACCUCUGCUACCUCUCAUCCAUGAAUACCAUGAACCUGAUGCUUCUGUUUCUUCGGCUAUGCUUUCCUGGAAAUGGGUAGUACUGGAGAGUGGGGUCGAAAAUUCAUCAGAUCAUUGCAGCUCUUCAAAUUUUGUGAAGGUGACGAGGACCGGAAUAGUAGGAGCGAUGGGAAUGGCCAACUGAAAUUGAUGGCAGAGAAAUCUAUAGUUUAAUGCUUGAGAAAGUUGAAGCAGCCUAAGCCCAGUGUUGAAUCAUGAGAAUUUGCUAUUUUAAUCCUGAGUUAUAUCUUAGAUGCAGCAAUUGGAACAUAGAAACCAAAUGUUAUAAAUCAAUAGAAAGUACUUCUUUCCAUUAUGUGAUCA